CUUGGAGAAAGGAAAGUGGUAGGUAAAUAUUCCCGACGUGCACCGAGGUGCGGGGAGUGUCCUGGGCUUCCAGCGUUCCCAGUUUGCUAGGCAAAACAGCAAUUAACAGCCCGGAGAGUCCCGAGCGGCGGCGGAGGCGGUUGUCCGCGCUGGCCAUGCUGCCAUGCCCCUUUCGGGCCUCGGGGAAAGGCAUGUGAGGCUCCUGCUGCGCUUCUCCGCCUCGGAUCGCCCGGCCAGAUUCAUCUCUUCUGAGUAAAUGAAGAAAGUGACUAUGAAGGCACAGCAUCUGCCUUCUGUUUUCAUCAAUGAAGAGAAGUUCGUAACCAGAGAGCAGCUCCGUUCUCUCCUGAAGAAUUAUAACUCUUACUAUUCAGAUCAAGAGAAUCUGCAACUGACAUAUAACCAGCCAGAAGGAAGCAGCCCCUUCAUUGAAGGAAUCCUCUCGAUAUUCUGGGGCGUGCGGCAUCCUAUCCGGUUAAAGAUUCAGGAUGAGAAGCAGAUUCCCUCUUUUGUAACCCUGAAGUCAACAGAGAAUGUGGGCUUCUUCCCUAGUAAAAGGGGAAUGACUCGCUGGGGAGAGUUUGAUGACCUCCACCACAUCAGCGGGGAGACACUGAAAUCUACUGAGGAGCAGCCAGACCUCGAGCCAAGUUAUCCAUGCUAUGAAAGUCACACACCCAGGACCAGGAGGGAGCAGGAGCUCGACUGUGCCACCCUGCCCCGGACCAGCAGCGACGCCGCGGCCGUGCGCAGGAGGAACAAGCUGCCCACCAUCACCAGGACAGAAGUAGAAACUCACAGGUUCUCUAUCAAUGGCCACUUCUACAACCACGAGACAUCAGUUUUCACUCCGGCUUUUGGGUCGGAAACCAAAAUAAGAAUCAACAGCCAGAUGAGGACCAGACAAGUGAUAGAACAGUUGCUCCGGAAGUUCAAGAUAGAAAACAGCCCCCAUGAAUUUGCACUUUACGUUAUCCAUGCAUCUGGAGAAAAGAAGCAGCUGAGGAGUAGAGAUGUUCCCUUGCUGCACAGGCUGCUGCAGGGGCCCUCUGAGAAGGUUGCCAAGUUCUUCCUCAUGGAUGGGGACGUGGAAGAGAUCAGCAGUGAUGUGGCUCAGUACAUUUCAUUCCAUCUUCCCUUUUUGGAAUCCAUUCUGCACAGAAUAAAUGAAGAGGAGGAGCGGGAGAUUCGACAGACAACUGCAAGGUACGUACGAGAGAAGAGGCUGAUCCAGCAGCACCUGCGCAGUCGGGGCGCGAAGAAAACAGAGACCACGGUGUGAUGGGACAGCCCUGGGAACACUGGGAACGCCCCUGGGAAUGCCUGGGCUGCUGAAGGGCACUCCUGCUGCUGCCUUCUGGGGCUGGGACUGAGCAGUGAGAGUGGGAGAAGUCCCUCCUCACCACAAACCCCUGCAGCGCUGGGGUGCAGGCUGCAAGCACCCACGGAGAUGCGCUGCAAGCUGCAGAUGCUGGAUCUGACUUGGAAUUUGGGCAAAGGCUCCCCUGAAAAGCCCAAGGCUUUAAAUCCUGCUGAUGUGUGACCUGGCACCAGGAGGCUGGCGUAGAAAAAUGCUGCAAUAACCAAUGUGCUGAUAGAAAAUACCAAACUAGGAAUGUGGUUAUCCCUCUGUUAAAGAAAUGUUCUAUUAUAUUAGCAGAAAGCUUUUCAGCAGAGCCAAGCGGCAGAAGAUAUUUAUGUAUUUAAGAUUGCAGGUAGAAUGUCCAUUUAAGUUAUAAAACACCCAUGCAAGAUGCCUGAAAUCCACUGGCUUCAGGCUGGUGGAUGCUGAAACUGCUUCAGCUUUGAGCUGCUGUUAGAAAAACAUAACUGGAGACCCUCCCACUUAGGAGCUGCUCAGCUCUUAGCAAUGACAGGGAAUUUAUUGCUGAAAUACCUCGUGCCCUGCCAGGUAAGAACUGACUGAACGCUGCUGGCUCCUGAAAGGCAUCUCAGUGGUGUCUGUAGUUGGAGUUGUUGAUUGUGUUCCUUCCUGAGGGUUCUGUUUGACAGGGAGCGGAGAGGUGCUCAGUGAGAGGCUGCGUGUCACAGCCACGGAGGGCUGGCCCACGGCCUCCCCAGGGCUGCAGUCUGGCCCCAGCCCAGCCCCACGCAGGGCACAGCAGCCAGGUCCUGACACAGCAGCCAGGUCCUUCCUGGCUGAGCUGUGUUCCAUGUCAGAGCUCCAGUUACAGAGAUGGAAAUAAAAUAAGUCUGUGCCCGGC